GUGUUCACAUAAACAAAUAACACGCAAUUAAUGAGUAAAUAAACGUUUAGUUAAUUAAUAAAUCCCAUAAAAAAUACUCAUAAAAAUAGUAUUGAAAAAUCUGGUAAUUUUUAUUUACAAAACAAUAAUUGAAUUAUUGUAAAUUUAUAGUCAAUUUAAAAUUAAAGCACUGUCAUAAAAUGACCAAAUCAACGCAAAAUAAAAUAAUUACUCACGACUUCUUGUUAAAAAUAGAAGAUAAUUAUGAUGAAUGGCUGGAUUCCCAUCGCAUCAUAUUAUUAGAUUCAGAUUCAUGUGGAGAAUUUUAUAUUUCAGUAAAAUUGGGUAAAUUGAGUAGUUUGGAUGUCAAAAUAACAAAAACUUUCGAUAAAUCAGCGAUGGCAAUUAUUGAGUUACAAACAAACGGAAUGUUCUGUCACAUAAAAGAUGUUCCUGAUUGGAAAGAGUCUUGUAAUUUUAAUAUCGACUUCCCGUACUAUUACUUGCAAUACUCAAAUGCUGAACGAAAUGAUAAUUUUAAAUAUUACCUGAGUAUUAAAUGCAAAAUCACCUGGUUUGGAUUCAAAGACGAAUUGAUGGCAACAAAUUUGUAUCGAGAUAUGAAACAAUUUCUCAUAAAUAUCGAAUGCAGUGACGUCGUUGUGCUAAUAAAGCACCGAGAAUUUCCGUGUCAUAAAAAAAUUUUAGUAUCACAAAGUCCAGUUUUCAAGUCAAUGCUGAUGACGACUACGAACAAGUUCAGAAAAAAAUAUAUCAGAUUACCGAAAAUUGAUUCGGAAACAGCAGAAGAAUUAUUUCUGUUUUUGUACACUGGAAAAGUCGACAAAGCUAAUGACGAUUUUGAACUAGCGGUCAAAUUGUUUGAUGUCGCGAAAGAUUAUCAGAUAUCCUGUUUGAUUAAUUUAUGCGGAUUAUUACUCAGUAAUAAAAUAACGAGAGAAAAUGUACUGGAUUUGCUAAAAUUAGUUGAAGACCAGAAAGAAGACGAUGUAUUUAUUUUACAACAACGCGCGAUUGCGUUUAUUUGGAACAAUCGCAGAGAAAUUCUAACUUUGGAUAAUUUUAAAGAGUCGUGUAAAUUCAUACCCCAGUCAUUAUUUAAAAUCAUUGAAAAAGUCAUUGACUAAAACUCAGAUUAAUUUAAAAUUUCUCAAUGUUUUUUUUUUUUUACAUAUUUUAUAAUUAUUUGUAAUCGGUUUUUGAUCAAAUAUCUACACAAAAAAAAGGAUUUCUUAAGGCGAAUAAAAAUUUUUUUGUGCCAAGAAAUUAUUUUCUUCUGUGCAGUACAAAAUACAAUUUUUAAAUUCACGUAAUUUCUAUAUUUAAAAAAAAUAAAUAACAAAAUAUUAAUUACGGGGUUAAUUAAAUAUUUAACUGAGUACUAGAUACAUAAUUAUCAAUUAUUGUUUACUUUAGCACUAUGAUAAGA